UUAUUUUCGAAAAGCCUAAACGGCGGGCAGGGUACUUUCCAAACCGGUGGUCUCGCCCCGCUUCCUUUUUUGCACGGACAGUUCUUGCGCCUGGCCAAAUAAAACGCACCGUUUGCUCCGUCAGUCACCGCAACCGCAGCUCCUUGAAUUUGGCACAAGAAACCCUAGUUAUAGAGAAACAACCACCGAAUUAUUGAAAUACAGUUUGGGAAUACAUAAAUCGAAUUCGAUGGUAUUUUCUGAUUGCUCUUCCGCUACAACGGCUCGGUUCCUCCCCUUCAACCGUAGCAGGCUCCCUGCGGACAGUGCUGUUAACAUUGGCCGGGUAGUGGGUCCUCUCCAAUGGCGACUCCCAAAUCCUGUCUCUCUCCAAGCCAGAAGCACCCUCGCUGUUCACUCCUGGUCGUCACCUUCACUUGUUAUCAACGCAACUAUGGGUACUGGGACAUCUGCCAAGGUUAUUGAUGGAAAAGCUGUGGCAAAACAGAUCAGAGAUGAGAUAACUGCUGAAGUUUCCAGGAUGAAGGAUGCCAUUGGUAUUGUUCCAGGGUUAGCAGUUAUUCUUGUUGGGGAUCGGAAGGAUUCUGCAACUUAUGUACACAACAAGAAAAAGGCUUGUGAAUCUGUGGGGAUUAAAUCUUUUGAAGUGCGUUUACCUGAGGACUCUUCAAAACAAGAAGUACACAACCAUAUUGCAGGCUUUAAUGAAGAUCCUUCAGUUCAUGGCAUCCUUGUGCAGUUGCCUCUGCCUUCUCAUAUGAAUGAACAGAGCGUCUUAAAUGCUGUGAGCAUUGAGAAAGAUGUGGAUGGUUUCCACCCACUAAACAUUGGUCGUCUUGCUAUGCGAGGUAGAGAACCUUUGUUUGUUCCAUGUACUCCGAAAGGCUGCAUAGAGCUGUUGCACAGAUAUGGCAUUAAUAUCAAAGGAAAAAGAGCUGUUGUGAUUGGUCGGAGCAAUAUUGUUGGAAUGCCUGCUGCCCUGUUGCUCCAAAGGGAAGAUGCUACCAUCAGUAUUGUCCAUUCCAGAACUCCGAACCCUGAGGACAUCACAAGACAAGCAGAUAUCAUAAUCUCAGCUGUAGGACAACCAAAUAUGGUUAGGGAGAACUGGAUAAAACCUGGUGCAGUUAUAAUUGAUGUUGGAAUAAACCCUGUUGAGGAUGCUAAAAGUCCCCGAGGUUACCGACUGGUUGGAGAUGUUUGUUAUGAGGAGGCAUGUAAGGUUGCUUCAGCUGUCACUCCAGUUCCAGGAGGAGUUGGUCCAAUGACAAUAGCAAUGCUACUCUCUAAUACUCUAAGCUCAGCAAAGAGGUUGCAUAACUUCAAAUGAGCUUUUGCCUUUUGCAAUAUUUCAAUGUUAUCAUAAAGGUAGGAAAUUCUACCAUUAAAUUAAAGUUCACAUCCAGGUACCUAACUGGCUGACUUCAGUCUGUUUUAGUUUCAGCCCAUUUUUCUGUGGGACUGAGUCCCACAAGGCUUAAAUUUCAAGAGAAAUUUUCAGAACGAAGUUAAAAGAAUUCCUGUUAUUUUGGAACUGUACAAAUAAAUAAUUUAAUUUACCUGUGCUGAAGUUGCUAUUA